AUACCAAAACAAAAAAAAAAAAAGAAUUGAACAAAUGAUGGAAGUAAGCGAAACAGUAAACCUAAAGGAGAUGUCGACAGAGGGCGCUUUAGUUCGGUCCACUGAACUCGUCAGUGAUGUGCCCACCACUGCCAAUGGCAAGACAUCCAUCGGUGGUACUGGGGAUAAAGAGGUUGCGGGUGAAAAAAUAGCCAAUGGCGAUGAUGCGGCCGAUACUGUGCCUGAGAACGCAGUAAAGGAACAAAACGCCGGCAGAGAUUUGGACGCCUUGCUGGACAAGAUAAGCUCCAUUGUGGAUCGCAGUCCUAAAGAUUCGGACGAGUUGGAAAAUAUCGAUAAGCUUUCCGAUAAAUCCAAACCGAUGCUGGAAAACGAUAACUCGGCCGCGGAGUCAGUCGAAAAUCAGUUCGAAGGGAAAGAAGAAGAGCUAGGAGCAGCGAAGCCGGAAGAAAAAGAGCCUUCGGAAACUUCGAAUAUAAAAAGUGCAUGCAGCAACGUGGAGACUGAGUCGGAGCUUGACACCGUGGACAAAAGUGAGGGUAAGGAUAUCAAAGACACCGGAGAUCCUACCAAAGACAAACCAGCACUUGAGAGCUCUACAGACGCGCUUGAAAAGAAGAAAGAAGAAGAGAAGGAGAAAGAUCCGGAAAAUUUGAGCUCUGCAGCAGAAGAGGGUGAGGAUAAAACAUCGUCAAAAAUAAACACCUCGGACGACGUGUUCGAGGAUGCUUUAGACAAUAUUUCCAGUGCGGACGAGUUUGAGGCAGUUGGUUCGAAAAAGUCAAAAAAAGCCAAAACAGGAGACGUUAAAAAAUCCAUUGACAACGAUCUGGAGGACAUAUCGUCGGAUGAUGACGAUAUCCUUAAUGACUUUAACUCUGAUAAAACCAAGCCACUUAGGAAGUCAUCCACAGACGUCAUAGAGCUAGACUCCUCGGACGAGUCAACGGAGGUGAAGGAAUCUGAGAUUCCCGAAGAAAAAGAAGACGAGAAAGAGAAGGAGGGUACUGGAGAAGCUGCCUCAGCAGAGCUGGUGAAAGCAGUUGAAGAAUCAGAAACGAAGGAACUAGAGGAAGAGACCCCUGAGUUGGUCGAAGAAACUGAAGAAAAGGCAGCUGAAGUCGAGGAAGAAAAGGCUGUGAAAGAUCCAGAGGAAGCCAUGUGGGUUGAUAAUAAAAAGUCCGAAGACGCGGCAGAAAAGCCGGACCCCAAGGGAGAAGCUAAAAAAAUAACUGAAAGUCAGGAGAUGAACGAUACCAACAUCGAUGAUUUGCUCAUGGAGGCCAAUUCUCAGGGCUCCGGGAAGGAGAACCAGAAGACCGAGCAGAAUGGCGAGCAAAGGACCCCCAAGGUGAAUGGGGUCUCCAAAGAAGCUUCGAUCUUGGAAGCCAAUGGCAAGGAUCAAGAAACAGAGGUGGAGAACAAAGAAGCGGCUAAGGAACCCGAAUCCGAUGAUGAGGUCAUUUUUUUCGAGUCCAUUGAGAAGUCCAAAAAGGCUGAUGCGGAAGAGGCGCCAAACGGAGAAAAGGUCCAGGAACCGGAGGCACCCAAGCCGGCUGAGUCGAACAAGGACGAUGAAGUGGUUUUGGUUUCCGAAGACGAGGACGAGGAACCACCGGCGCCCAAAACUGUCGAGGAGUCGCCUGAGACUAUUGUUAAGAAAUCCGUAUCCACAGAUGCUCUCAACAGUUCAACCGCCGACAAGUCCCUUCAUGUGGACAACUCGGACAAUGCAUGCGAUCAGUUCGAGAAGGUCAAGCCACUGGCGAAGGAAAAACCCGAAUGCAUGGAGAAUGGGAACAGCAAUUCGAGCAGCAACCUCUUGCGACCUGCCGAGGAUGUCCAAGAACCGGUAACCAAGCGGGCUCGCCUUAGCACCGAUGAGAAGCCAGCAUCCGAUCUGGAGUCAUUUGUGGCCCAGAAGACCGCCCCUGGGGAGGGAAAAAUGGCGGUGCCUAAGAGAAGCCACGAUCAUUUGGAUGUGGAAGUGGAUACGCAUGGAAAGCAGGAGGGCGCCAACAAAAAACUCAAGACUGACGACUCGGACUCGAGCUCCUGCGAGGGCAACUUGCAAAUCGACUUGGAUGACCAUGCAGACAAGGAUCAGAGCAAGGAGGAGGAAGUCAAAGUUCAGGAGGAGACGGAGUUGGAGCUCGACCUGAAGCCCGAGCCGGAGAUCAAGACGGAUGUAAAGCCAUUCAAAAUGGAGUUUGUCAAGAAUUUCCGCAAGAGCUUCGACCGAAUGACCCGCAACGACUUGGAGGAACUAGUCCUUCAAAAGGUAGUCGAGGCCAUGCUGGUCAAGAGCGAGUUCGCGGAUGCGAUAGCGCAAAUGGAGAAAUAUGAAACCACCUUGGCCGCAUACCGGCGCAAGAUGGCCGAGGUGUCCAAACAGUUCCUCGACCUCGACACGGUACACAAGCGGGUCCUCAAGGAUCUAGAGUCGAAGAACUCGCAUUUCACUGCACCGGUGCGAAUUACGCGGGCUGUGGGCCUCCAAGUGGGCAUUCCGUUCAAAGCGAUGAAGCCCUCGGUAGCUGCACCGGACCAGCCGUCAACGUCAUCUGCAGGCAGUGGAAUGUUGGCGCCCCCCAGCAGCACCCCGCCCAAGGCCAGCACCUCUCCUAUGCGUUCGCCCAUGAGGCCCAGACCUCCCGUUCCCAGUCCCAACACCAGCCCGCAACACAAUCAGCCGGAGCAGCUACAGCAGCGAGCCACCACUUCCAUUGGCCAACCUCCACCGGCAUCGCCACCCAACGCUGUGCUUCCGGUGCGCCGCGGCUGCAUGCAAAAGGUCACUCCCCAGCGUCCGUCUGCCGGCAAUGUUCUGCCCAUUCCGCAGAUCAACAACCAGCCCAACAUCCAUCGUCUGCCCCCAUCGCCUCAGAGAGCUCUCCAAGCAUCCAAAGCCGCCGGCAACACGCUCUCCAUUGCAGCAGCCGCGGCGGCAAAGGCGGCGGCAAAGGCGGCGGCCAUGCGACAGCGGAACUCGGGUCAGAACUUUGUGCCUCAGAAGGCGCAGCUGCAGCCGCAGCAAUACCAACCGUCUCGUGCGGGACCCGCUCCCGGACCCGCCAAGGCAAUUCCCAAGUGCACCACCAAAGUGCGUCCGAUGGCCCCGCCAAACUCGGGAGGCACCGUUUCCGGGCCCACUUCAUCUGCCGCUGCCCCUGAGGUACCUGCUGGAUACGCCCUGCAUCCACAAACUAGCUUAACGCCGGCCAAGCCGAAGGACAAGGCGGUCAUCGAUCUGACGGACGAGGAUGACGCGAACGCAGCAGCCAAGGCGGCCAUCGAGGCCAAUGCUCGUAUGCGUCAGACGGCCAACCUCGCGGUCAAGAGGAACGCACAAGCAGCUGCAGCGGCAGCCAUGGCGUCAGCAGGACCAGGAGCAGCUGCCGGCCGCCACGGAAAUGGAAAUGUCGUGCGAGCCUCGCCAAUGCAAUUGGCGCGUACGAAUGCUCGGCAGAUGGUUCAAAACCCUCCAGGAGUGACAGGUCAGCGCAACUCUGUGGGAUCGAAUGUUUCCAUGCAGAUUCGUUCGGAGAACACUCCGCCGGCUUCCGGGCGGCUGCGAUACUCCCACCCAGCACCACUGCCGUCAUCGCCUCUGCAGCCCUUCAGUCCCGCCUGGAGGCUCCCCCCGUCGCGACCAGUUAUACGGAUCAGUCUGCUGGACACUGGUAUCGUCAUUUCGUGGACUCUGGAGGACACCAGUCAGCGGUACGCCGAUUGUGUGACGUACCAAAUAUACGCGUACCAGGAGACGAUCCACGAGCCGAGCACCGAUAGCUGGCGCCAUGUGGGCGACGUCAAGGCGAUGCUGCUGCCGAUGGCCGUCACGCUGAACCAGUUCCAAGAAAACCAACGGUACUACUUCGCUGUGCGAGGGGUGGACGAUCACCAGCGCUUCGGAGCGUUCAGCCUGCCCAAGACAUGGUCCUAAAGGAGUAGCUCUAGUAUUAGUAUUAGUCCCUAGGCAAACCAGGCCACAUAUAAUUUAUUAUAACAGCAUUUCAGCUUCCUUUGAAGCUACCGUUGGUUUGCUCCGUUAGUUUAUUUCUCGAAAUUAGUCGAAUUCUGAGUUAAUUAUUAAGUUUCGUUGAGAUUUUAACUGAAACAUUUUAACGAAUCACUACGCCAAGCAGCAAACCCCACACGGCUGAGUCAGACUACAUCCACAAGCCGAUAGUAGUCGUCGUCCCAAUGGGACGACAGUAAUACAUAACUAGGCUAUACACAUAUAUGAAAUAAUACCAUCACUGAAAUAAACAUUUAAUGCGGGAAGUUUUAAACGUACAAACAGACCAUAAA